AUGUCGCCUGCAGAUUCGCCCAACGCGUCCCCCGAUGCCGUGAAACGUUCCCGCUAUACCCUUCGACAGCUCCACCUACUUCGCCAGGGCUCGACAGCCACGCCGCUCCGCGCGAUUGCUCACAUUGACCUUGAUGCAUUCUAUGCACAAUGUGAGAUGGUCCGUCUGGGGACGGACCGCGAUACUCCCCUCGCUGUUCGCCAGUGGGACUCUUUGAUCGCUGUCAAUUACGCUGCUCGACCGUCUGGUAUCACUCGCAUGGUGACAACUGCCGAGGCCCGCAAAUUAUGCCCGAAUAUCGUCCUACAACAUGUCGCGACAUUUCGUGAGGGUGAAGGUGGUCAAUGGGCUUACCGUGAUGACUCAUUCAAGAAUAUCCGAACCGAUAAAGUCUCCCUGGAUCCAUAUCGUGCAGAAUCUCGAAAGAUUCUCAAGACGAUGAAGGAGGAGCUAGAGCGAUGGUCUGCCGACGGUGUGGAUGAAGAAAUACAAACACUGACGCAGGGUCUAAGUGCCUCCCUGGAGAAAGCAAGUAUCGAUGAAGUGUUCAUUGAUAUGUCGCCCUUAAUUUACCGCGUCUUGCUACAAAGGUUCCCUGAGCUACGACAAAAAUCGCAAGACGAUAAUCGAGACGCCGAGCUUCCGCCACCUCCAACAACAGCGAUUCCAUGGCAUGCUGGAGAUUCCCUGAUUGAGCUGGAUAAACAUGAGAGGGAAGAGGAUGAUCCAGAUUGGGAUGAUGUCGUGAUGCAAAUUGGGGCCGAGAUCGUUCGAUCGGUGCGUACUGCCGUAUGGAACCAGUUGCAUUAUACCUGCUCCGCUGGUGUCGCGCGAAACAAGAUGCUUGCCAAGCUUGGCAGUGCCUGUAAUAAACCAAACGCACAAACAAUUCUGCGAAAUCGUGCUAUUCAGUUCUUCUUGAACGGCUACAAAUUCACACAGAUUCGCAUGCUUGGUGGCAAAUUGGGCGAGCAAAUCACCUCAGAUUUCGGUACCGAGCAAGUGAGCGAACUGCUUAGCAUUCCCUAUGAGCAAUUACGCGCAAAGCUUGAUGACCACACAGCCAACUGGCUCUACGGAGUCAUUCGUGGCGAGGAUCGGAGUGAAGUCAAUCCUCGAACACAGAUCAAGUCCAUGUUAUCCGCCAAGUCUUUUCGUCCAAGUAUCAACUCCGUUGAACAGGCAGAAAAAUGGCUGCAUAUAUUUGCUGCGGAUAUCUAUGGCAGAUUGGUGGAGGAUGGUGUGCUUGAAAAUAGACGCCGUCCUCGGGUCAUUACGCUGCAUCACCGGGUCGCGCAAUCUCGAUCUCGGCAAAUUCCAAUCCCAGGGUCGAGUAAGAUUGACGAAGACUUGCUUUUUGAUCUUGCCAAGAACUUGCUUCGACAAAUCGUUGCAGAAGGACAAGCUUGGCCUUGUUCGAACCUAUCCUUAAGUGUGAGCAGCUUCGAGGAUGGCGUGAGCAAGAAUAAAGCAAUCGAAGGGUUUCUUGUUCGGGGCGACCAGGCAAAGUCUAUCAGUCAGUCUACAAGACCCCGUGGAGUUGACAGCACUUCCAACGAAGUCCUUCCGGCAGAGAAAAAAAGGAGGAUCGACGAUGGCGGGAUCAAACGCUUCUUUACUCACUCUCCCUUCCCGGAUGAUUCGAAUUCGGUACCUGCCGGUAACGAGAGCCCUCCGCCAGCAGAUCAAGUCUCAUCCGAUGCACCUUUAGGCGAUCCCGAGCCUAUAUCAUUGCAAUAUACCUGCGAUCGUUGUUCGAAAGUCAUACCAGAGUAUGAACGAGAAGAACAUGACGACUGGCAUUUCGCGAAAGAUCUGGAGCUUCAAGAUCGACAGGAAGCGAUGUCUGUACAACAGCAGUCACAGCAACAAACUCCCCCCAAAUAG